UUGGUGUCACCGCAGUUUCUAUUGAGCCCGGUGCGCUCACAGACAUCGAGUAGAUACACGCAGACGAACUGCCAAAUAUCUGAAAUCCAUUCGCAAGGAUCUAAUCGGGGGGGUUUGAGCUUUGGGUAUUAUGACCUAAUAUGCUCUUUUUAUUUUGAACGUAACCUUUAAUUUCGUGAAUUUGAGAACCACUGGCGUUCCAUCAUUGAGCUUCUUUUUUUGCGCAACUAUUUGCUUCAUCUAGCACCAGGUUUGCUAAAGAAAAGAUGACUCAGGAUUCUUUCUGCAACUAUCGCUUGGUUUGGAUUGUUACUCGUUUUGUAUUUAUAACGCUGCACUGAAAAUCCCAGCAUACGAUUUGUACAACUUUGAUACCAGUGGUGACGGGCAGUCGCUGAAGUCUUAAACUCGCUCAGGUUUUUUGUCCUGUCGGACGGAUGGCUCUGUGCAGAAUGGACCUGAUCGGGCUGUAUUUGUUCCAGCUGGCCGUUAUUGGGGCACCGCGGCUGGGGCUGGCGGCUCGGUGGGACUGCCUGACAGCGGGUGACUCGUGCUCAGGCGACGAGACGUGCAGCCCACGGCUGCGCACGCUGCGCCAAUGUGUGGCAGGCGGUGGCAGCGUCAAACUGGGACCCGGCGCGCGCAACCACUGCGAGAACGCCGUUGCCGCCCUGCUGGCCAGCCCUCUUCACCACUGCCAGUGCAAACGGGGCAUGAAGAAGGAGAAGAACUGCCUGAGCAUCUACUGGAGCCUCAAGCAGUCUGUACUACAUGGAUUGAGCCUUGUGGAGAGUUAUCCAUAUGAGCCUGUGGAGCGAGGGUUUGAUUAUGUUCGUCUGGCUUCUAUUGCUGCAGAGUCCGAGGCAGGAAUGACCACAGUAAAUCGUUGUUUGGAUGCAGCCAAAGCCUGUAAUGUGGAUGACACGUGUCAGAAGCUGCGCACUGAGUACGUGUCUGCAUGUAUAGCCCCCUCAGCGCGAGCAGGACCCUGCAACCGCGCACGGUGCAGCAAGGCUCUACGGAAGUUCUUCGACCGUGUGCCACCAGACUACACGCACGAGCUCCUUUUCUGCCCUUGUUCAGACACAGCGUGCGCUGAACGUAGGCGCCAGACCAUAGUGCCCGCUUGUUCAUACGAGGAACGUGAGAAGCCCAACUGCCUGGUGCAGUUACGCGUCUGCGAGGCUGAUUACAUCUGCAAGUCUCGCUGGGCCCAGUUUCAGCAUGACUGCCAGCCCUCACAGCACACUGCCAGCAGCUGCCAGCAGGAGAACUACGGGGCCUGCCUCAUUGCAUAUACUGGCCUGAUAGGCAGCACUAUAACACCAAACUACUUGGAUAACUCCACAUCGAAUGUGGGACCAUGGUGCUCCUGUGCAGCCAGUGGGAAUCACAGGGAGCAGUGCAAUCACUUUCUGGACCAUUUCCAUGACAACAUGUGCCUAAAGAAUGCUAUCCUGGCCUUCGGCAAUGACUCUGACCCCAGAUCAGCGGCUCAGCAGCCAGGCGCAUCCAGCCCAAAUACCAUCACCCCCAACCAGCAUCUAGGGACCAGUACUGCAACUGCUGUCACCAUCGGUAUCAGUGGGGACACCCAACAGAACGUCCUUCAUCCUCAGAUGCCCACACAGAUGAAUGAGAGAGACAGACUGUGGGGUGACUCCACCCUCCCAUCACCUGAUCUGUAUGACAGCAGCGCCAGGCGCAUCGACCCAGCCCUGUCAGUCUGGCUCCUCCCCCUCCUGCUGCUGCCUUUUCACUUCUAGAAUCAAGAUGGCCAAUCGUAGCUCAGCAGCGUGAAGGCAGGACUGUGUGUGUGU